GGAAACCUCGACUUUUGACGGCCAUGGAGUCCAGCGAUUCAGAUCAAGCCCCGGUUUCGUCUACAUUGCCCGAACAUGUUCAGCCGGCUGCAAGGCAAGACACAUCCACCGAUCUAGAAGCGCGACUUCCAAACGGUCAUGGUGGGAGGGUCUCGCACUGGCAAGCCAUUGGUCGAGCUGUGCAGAAGCUGCUUGUACAAUCACCCUCUCCUCCUUUUGGCAUCGAUCCCUCCCUACCGAAACAGAGCUUGCUUGACCAAGCAGGCCAACUUUGUUUUCUAUGUCUCGAAGGGAAGGGGAACACCCAUGUCGCAAUACGAAUUCCGUGCCUCCGAUCAACAGGCUAUCGGCGUCCCAUCAAGUCGACUUACAAGAAGCCCGAAACCAAGUCUGGAUGCCUCCAACUAAUGGAGGUCGAAUAUGCCAGAAUGCACCCUAGUGAGAGGGUUUUUGAGCCUUAUUCAACCAUCUUUGGGCGCCUGGUCGACAAAUGUUUCGAGUAUCACGGCAAUUGGAAAAGGUGGCUGCUGUUCUAUGGGGUGACUGACGUAACGGAGGUCAAUUUCACGUUCAUCCGCCCAAAGGACCAGAAUGGCACAUUCGCAAUCCAUGUAAGCCGUAUGAACAGGGAGGAGAUCGAGAAAAGGGUCCAACACGACCUUGCACGGGGCCCAGGCCCUCCAGAUAGCGAUGAAAUGUGCUCGGUGGACAAACACGUUACGGACUGCUUGAAAGAAGUUGUCACUGGAUAUCUGUGCCCGUACGAGCGCUAUGAAACAGCAAAACGACAACACAAGAAUCUCAAACUCCCUGGUCAGUUGCGCGAUUGUGCAAGAGACACGAGACUUGCCGACGAAUUGGAGAUCUUCAACAACAUGGUCCUCGGCAGCUAUAUCUAUGAUCUACACAACGACGUUUGGAAAGCGAAUUACGUCGACAUACCCAAACAGGGGCAAGUAUACGAAGGGCUUGAUGAAUACAACGGUCUGCAAUUCGACUUGGGGUGGCAAACAGAUCGAAUCAUGGCAGAGACUCCAAUGCCUUUGACAUGGGUUUGGGUGACUUUAUCCUGCAUUUGGCUUGCUGUCAUCGCCUGUGGCAGGCCGACUGGGAAGUGGGAGCUGGCCAUGACCAUGGGUUCACUCCUCAUGUCAUCGUGCCUGCUGUUUCUUCAAUACGUUGGAAGGCCAUAGCUUGGGGACUGCUACCUUAAAGCCGCCCUAGGCGACCCUCUGCUGUACACAAACGAUCCCUCUUCCACCCACAAAAGCGACGAAUUGCUCCACCGUCAAGCCAGCUCACGGCUGCUUGCUCGCCGCUUUCUCAU